UUUUAUUUUGAAGGAGUGCCGUACACACGUGAUUUUAAUUAAGCUUCUGCACUUUUCGCUUUAAUGACCCAAAACGAAACAAAAUUCAGUUUUUGUUGGUAAUUGAUUUUCUUUUUAAUGUAAAACAAACGGCGGGAAAUCCAAACAUCAAAGAAAUGUUUUGUUGUUUAAAAAUACUUCCACUUCCGCUGCAGAUCUGUCUGGGGAUGUGCCUUGGGCAGGAUGUCACAGAAGAAAGUAAAAGAGCCCAACUGAAGAGCUCUAAUAUUGAACAAGAACUUCUCGAACAAGCCAAAGCUGAGAGGAGCGUCAUCAAAAUCCUCAUGCUGGGAGUUGCAGAGAGUGGAAAGAGCACCGUAAUCAAACAGAUCAAGAUAAUACACAGCCAUGGCUUUUCCCAACCGGAGCUCAUCAGCUUCAAGCCUGCAGUGUUGGACAACCUCCUGACAUCCAUGAAGAUUGUUCUGCGUGGAAUGGGCCAGCUGCGAAUAAAUGUCACAAACGAGGACAACAAGAUGCACGCUUGCUCCAUCCUGUCCUGCAGCCAGUGUUUGGGCGAAGACCAGGAGCUGCUUCAUUCUGUGGGGCAGGCUCUCUGUGCACUUUGGAGCGACGAGGCCGUGCGCGCCGCUGCAGCCAGAGGCUACGAGUACGAGCUGAACGACUCUGCCCUCUAUUUCUUUGAGAACAUGGAUCGAAUCAUCACUCCAAAAUAUGUUCCCACUGCGACGGAUGUCCUGAGAGUCAGAGUGAGGACGUGUGGAAUCAUUGAGACGCAGUUUCAAGUUAACAAAACCGUCUUCCGAUUGUAUGAUGUCGGAGGCCAGCGGAGUGAGAGGAGGAAGUGGCUAAGUUGCUUUGAUGGUAUUCACGCUGUGUUGUUUGUUGUGGCCCUCAGCAGCUACGAUAUGUUGGAGGAUCACGCAGUGAAUCGACUGCAGGAAAGUCUUGAACUUUUUUCUUCCCUCUGCACCAACAUGAUCUUCCAACGAGCCUCUGUGAUUUUGUUCAUGAACAAAGUUGAUCUUUUCCGUGAGAAGAUUCUACAUUCUGGGAGGCACUUGAGAUUUUACCUUCCCUGCUAUAAAGGAGCAGACGGCGAUGUGGACGCCUCAGCCCACCACAUUACUGCCAUGUUCUUGGUGUGUAACAGCAGUCUGAGCAGGCCCAUGUACCACCACUUCACCACCGCCACAGACGCUGCUAGCAUUCAGCUCGUCUUCCACAUGGUGGUCCAGCAGAUCAUUGAGGAGAACCUAGCAGCUGUCCAGCUGCUGUAGGUCUCCACUCUCCACAGGACUCCUUUGAUUGGGAUCACUUGUUGAUCACGUUGGUUUUAUGUUUGUCUGAAUUAAUUUGUUAUUUAACU